AUGGACGUGUACCGCACCCCCGCCGCCGCGCUGGACGGCCUGGUGGCCAGCAGCCUGCAGCCGCCCGCCGAGUUCGUGGGGACCGCGCGGCGCGCCCUGGGCGCCCUGGGAGCGGCCCUGAGAGAGCGCGGGGGCCGCCCCGGACCCGGACCCGGACCCGGAGCCGCUGCGCCGCCGUGGCGGGUGCUGAAAAUCGCCAAGGGAGGCUCCGCUGGCCGGGGCACAGCUCUGCGGGGUGGCUGCGAUUCCGAACUUGUCGUCUUCCUCGACUGCUUCAAGAGCUACGAGGACCAGCGGGCGCUGCGGACAGAGAUCCUCACGGAGAUGAGGGCGCUGCUGGGGUCCUGGUGGCAGACGCCGGUCCCUGGUCUGAGCCUUGAGUUUCCUAAACAGGACACGCCCGGGGCCCUCCAGUUCCGACUGGCAUCCACAGACCUUGAAAACUGGAUGGACGUUAGCUUGGUGCCCGCCUUUGACGCUCUGGGUCAGCUCAGCUCCAAUGUCAAACCCAAGCCCCAGGUCUACGCCACCCUCCUCAGAAGUGGCUGCCAGAAGGGCGAGCACGCGGCCUGCUUCGCAGAGCUGCGGAGGAACUUCGUGAACACGCGGCCAGCCAAGCUGAAGAACCUGAUCCUGCUGGUGAAGCACUGGCACCGCCAGGUGUGCCCGCAGGCGAGGCGGGAGGAGAUGCCCCCUGCCUACGCCCUGGAGCUGCUGACCAUCUUCGCCUGGGAGCAGGGCUGUGGGAAGGAGGCCUUCAGCCUGGCCCGAGGCCUCCGCACCGUCCUGGGCCUGAUCCAGCAGUACCAGCACCUGCGUGUUUUCUGGACCACCUACUACAGCUCGGAGGACCCUGCGCUUAAGAAGUUCUUGCAGCGCCAGCUUGAGGGACCCAGGCCCGUGAUCCUGGACCCGGCUGACCCCACGUGGGACGUGGGGAGCGGGGCAGCCUGGCGCUGGGACGUGCUGGCCCGAGAGGCAGAGUCCUGCUCUGACCGCCCGUGUUUCCUGCAGCCGGCAGGGGGCGCUGUGCAGCCCUGGGAGGUGCCGGGCCUUCCAUGCUCUGGGCGCUCAGGUGUGGACCAGCCCAUCCUGCGAGGCCCGGCCCAGAGGACCCUCAAGGACAGCAGCAGUGUUGAUGCUGGAUGCUCAAAGGCAGGGAACAGGCGGCCCUUAUGCCCAGCUCCCGACCCCUCGGUGGACGGCAUCGCCCCCUGUACACCGGAGGGGGUCCCGGAUCUGUCUCAGGUCCCCGCCAAGGAGCUGGACCGCUUCAUCCAGGACCACCUCAAGCCCAGCCCCCAGUUCCAGAAGCAGGUGAGCAAGGCCGUCGAUGGCAUCCUGAGCCGCCUCCGGGAGAACUGUGUCCACAAGGCCUCGAGAGUCGGCAAGGGGGGCUCCUUCGGCCGGGGCACAGACCUCAAGGGUGGCUGUGAUGCCGAACUCGUCAUCUUCCUCAACUGCUUCGAGGACUACAAGGACCAGCGGCCCCGGCGGGCGGAGAUCCUCACUGAUAUGCGGGACCAGCUGGAAUCCUGGGGGCGGGAUCCGGUCCCCGGCCUGACCCUGAACUUUCCAGAGCAGACCAUGACCGAGGCGUUGCGGUUCCAGCUGAUGGCCCCGGCCCUAGCGAGCUGGACGGACGUGAGCCUGCUGCCUGUCUUUGAUGCCGUGGGGCCGCUCAGUGCUGGCACCAAACCGGACCCCAAGAUCUACCAGACUCUCCUGGACAGCGGCUGCCGGGAGGGGGAGCACGCGGCCUGCUUUGCAGAGCUGCGGAGGAGCUUCGUGAACUCGCGCCCAGCCAAGCUGAAGAACCUGAUCCUGCUGGUGAAGCACUGGCACCGCCAGGUUGCCGCCGGGAACAAAGGAGAAUGGCCGGCCCGUGCCUCCCUGCCCCCAGCCUACGCCCUGGAGCUCCUGACCAUCUUCGCCUGGGAGCAGGGCUGUGGGAAGGACCGCUUCAACACGGCCGAGGGCCUGAGGACCGUCCUGGGGCUUGUCCAGCAGCACCGGCAGCUCUGCGUCUUCUGGACGGUCAACUACAGCUCUGAGGACCCGGCUGUCAGAACGCACCUUCUUGGCCAGCUUCGGAAACCCAGACCCCUGAUCCUGGACCCCGCCGACCCCACCUGGAACGUGGGCCUGGGCAGCUGGGAGCUGUUGGCCCAGGAGGCGGCAGCCCUGGAGACGCAGGCCUGCUUUAUGGGCACAGACGGGACGCCCGUGCAGCCCUGGGAUGUGAUGCCCACGCUCCUCUACCAGACCCCAGCCAGGGACCUGGACAAGUUCAUCAGUGAGUUUCUGCAGCCCAGCCGCCGGUUCCUGGAUCAGGUGAACAAGGCCGUUGACACCAUCUGCUCCUUCCUGAGGGAACACUGCUUCCAGAACUCUCCCAUCAAAGUGCUCAAGGUGGUCAAGGGCGGCUCUUCCGCGAAGGGAACGGCGCUGCGAGGCCGCUCGGACGCCGACCUGGUGGUGUUCCUCAGCUGCUUCCGCCAUUUCUCCGAGCAAGGGAACACGCGGGCCGAGGUCAUCUCGGAGAUCCGAGCCCAGCUGGAGGCGUGUAAGCGGGCGCAGCAGUUCGAAGUGAAGUUCGACAUCCCCAAGUGGGAGAAUCCCCGCGUGCUGAGCUUCUCGCUGGCGUCCCAGACGAUGCUGGACCAGAGCGUGGACUUCGAUGUGCUGCCCGCCUUCGAUGCCCUCGGCCAGCUGGUCCCUGGCUCCAGGCCCUCGUCGCAAGUCUACGUGGACCUCAUCCGCAGCUACAACUCCCCGGGCGAGUACUCCUCCUGCUUCACCGAGCUGCAGCGGGACUUCGUCGUCUCUCGCCCCACCAAGCUCAAGAGUCUGAUCCGACUGGUGAAGCACUGGUACCGGCAGUGCAACAAGAUGCCCAAGGGGAAGGGCUCUCUGCCCCCCCAGCACGGGCUGGAACUCCUGACGGUGUAUGCCUGGGAGCAGGGCGGGCAGGACCCCCAGUUCAGCAUGGCCGAGGGCUUUCGCACUGUCCUGGAGCUGGUCACCCAGUACCGCCAGCUCUGUGUCUACUGGACCGUCAACUACGGCCGCGAGGACCAGACCAUCAGAGAUUUCCUGGACCAGCAGCUUCGGAAGCCCAGGCCCAUCAUCCUGGAUCCGGCAGACCCGACAGGCAACCUGGGCCCCAACGCCCGCUGGGACCUGCUGGCCAAGGAAGCUGCAGCCUGCACAUCCUCCCUGUGCUGCAUAGGCAGAGAUGGUACCCCCAUCCAGCCAUGGCCAGUGAGGCUUCUCUAG